AUGUUCCUCAGUUGCAAUCAGGUUUCAGCGUUUGAGCGUGAUCAAGGUGAUUCAACGUUAUACAAAGGUAUUCAUGACGAAUUCUCGUCGAUGGUCGACACGUUGAUUGAAUGCUUCUGCGAUGAUCUUCAUAUCGAAGCUGAUCAACUGGUCAACGCUUUGAAGCAGCAAGAUAACAGCGCUCGAAUGUCACUUCAGCAACGAGUUAGUUCAUGA